UCACCAGCUGGCUGGUGGGGAGGACCGCAAGGUGAACCUUUUGAUCAAGAUGGGACAAUACGACCAGGUUCAACUAUUUGGAGUCGAGGGUUCUUUGUGCUUUGACGGCUGGUUCUAUAACUACACAAUCACGGUAGCACGGAAUGCAUGGAUUGUCCCACGGGAUUACCAAGUUAACUGUCUGGGGUGUGUCGACGAAACGUGACUGGGGUCAGUAUGGACGAUGGACGUUGAUGAAGAUGAUGACUAUGAGUAAUUGCCGGUUGUCUCUCCAAGCCUGCGAGGGCCGAGGUUUCGAGUUCGAGGCGGCUGUGACUGCGAUUGUGCUUGAGCUAAGACCACACAAAACAGCCCCCCUCCAUCCCCGGCAUCCCCACGCCCGUCGGAAUGAUGUUUCCCUCGAUCCCAACCUCUCACCCACUCCCCCGCGUGACCCGUGUCCUUCUAGCCGCGAGGAGGGCGAGACUCGGAAGUCGCCGGCAUCCCUCUCUCCGACACUCCUGACGGGACCCCCCUCCGCCCAGUCGGCAGCGGUACGUUGCGGGCUUGGAGGAUUCCUCAUCCCGGGCCACUCUUCACUCAUUGACCCAGUCAACAUCACAAGUCUCAUCUCACAAUCCAUAUAAACUUUGACACAAGACACAACGUAGAACGCAAGAGAACAGGAACCUCGAGGCUUCAGCAGCAUGGGUUU